UCGGCGCCAGGACAUUCCCGAGACAAUGGUGAACAUAGAGGUGUGGAUGCCAGCAGGAUUUAACAUGGAACCAUGGGCUGACAAUGACCAUGUCAAAGACUGCGGGCCACUAGGCCCUGUUGGGAGGUAUGGGUGGUACCUUCCAAAUUUCUUUGUAAAGCAAAACUGGAUCCAGCGUAAUCUCAUCACAGACCACUGGAGGGCGCUGCAGUCUAGCAGUGUCACCAGGCUCUUGGACUUAAGCGAUGCAAGAAACGAGCUUCUCAAUUUGGUGCGUAAAACAGAAACUUUAGGUAAAGAAGAGUCUGGCUACUACUGCAGCGCGCCAUACUGCUCUCAGGGACAGUACAGUGGUGCCACCUGUGGUUCUGAACCAUGCGCUGUAUUGGUGUCAGAUAGCGUAGACUCUGAUAUGGAUACCCUGAAGAACCAGAUAGACAAUUUAAACCUGAGUGUAAAAGUUGCCUGGGUCGGCAAGAGGCUGGAACGGUUUGUACAUCAGAGGACGAUCAAAGGCAAACCGACGUUAUUCUUCCACUUUACGCCCAGCGAACUCACAGCCAGCAACAACUACACAAAUAUCAAAUUCCCUCGAUGCACCAGAUAUCUGGAACAUCCCAUUGACUGUGAUUUUGAGAUCAACCAGCUUUCCAAGGUAGUGUGGCCGAAGUUAGAGAAGGACGCCGAACCUGCAUUCCAUGUUAUCCAGAAAAUGACUUUCACCCAGCAGCAGUAUAUGGAACUAUUACAAGAUUUUGAGCACAUAGAUGUCCAUUUUAAUGGCGCUUACCAAGAGGUGGCUUGCCAGUGGGUAAAGAAGAACAGCCACAUUUGGUCGCAAUGGAUUCCGGAAAAUUUGGCAAACAAAACCAAGAUAUAUCUGGGGGGAAUGUUUUCACUGUCACGCCGUCAUUAUUUUGCGCCAGGUGUUUACGUAGCUUCCAAAAUGGCUGCUGAUUUAAUCAAUAACGACACGUCAUUGCUAAAGAACUACAAAUUAGAGGUGGUUAAAAUCGACACCAAGUGUGGACUUAAGGAAGGACAGAAAGCCUUCAUAGAGAUGCACUAUAAUUCCACUUAUAAGUUAGCAGGAAUCCUUGGCCCAGACUGUGCAGAUAUUGUGCGUCCCAUAGCGCGCCUUACCACCACCUAUGACACUGUGAUGAUUAGCUUCAGUGCAGGCAGCAUCCAUCUUGGAAACCGACUCCAUUAUCCAUACUUCUUUAGAACCAUACCACCAGUCAGCGAGUACAGCAAUGUAUAUGCAGAGUUAUUUAAGCUGUUGGACUGGCAACAGGUGGCUGUGCUGACUUAUGAAAAGGCAGAGGAAUAUCUGAGUCUUGACAACCCCAUCAAGAUAGUGUAUGAAAAGAAAAUCCCGGCAGACCGUAGCAAGAGAAAUAUCCCAAUGAUGCUGGAAGAGAUCAAAUCCAAAAAUGGCAGAAUUAUAAUUGGCACUUUCUACGAAAUGACGAUUGCUCAAGAUGUCAUGUGUGAGGCGUAUAGAAAGGACAUGACUGCCUUCAAGGGGUUCCAGUGGUUCCUGACGGGAUAUUUGGGGGAGGAAUGGUGGGACACGGACUACUACAGAGACAGGGACAAAACAGUGUGUACCACCAAGGAGAUGUUGGAGGCCGUCAAUGGUUCCAUCUCCAUCAACCAUGCUAUGUAUGACCGCGACGAUGUGAAGGUGGUGGGUAACAUGACCGUCGCCAAGUGGAAGAAAGAACUGGAGAGACACCUGGGACAACAUAAAAGAUACAAAGAUAACCCCCACGUGACAUAUGCCUAUGAUGCUGUCUGGGUGUACGGCAAGGCUCUGGACAGUUUACUGAGUAAAUCUCCUGCAGUGCUGGGAGACCUGACUAAUAAGGAAAAUGCCAAGUAAGUAACACAAAAAAAAAAAAA